ACUCUAUCCAUGCUUAUUUCUUGUUCAAAUCCCACAAAGACUGUGGUAGGCACAAGAUCAUUGGGGCUUGGCCUGGGUUCUGGUUCAGCAGCAAAUCUCUGCUCAUUUCUCAAAGAAGCAAGAGAUGGGUGGAAAGGGAAAAAUCUAUACAUUAGCUGAGGCCUCUCAGCACAACACCUCCAAAGACUGCUGGCUUGUAAUUCAUGGCAAGGUAUACAAUGUUACUAAAUUCUUGGAAGACCAUCCUGGUGGUGAUGAGGUCUUGUUAUCAUCUACAGGAAAGGAUGCAACUGAUGAUUUUGAGGAUGUUGGUCACAGUAGCACUGCGAAAGCAAUGAUGGACGAGUUUUUUGUAGGUGAGAUCGAUUCAUCAACUGUUCCCACCGAGACCAAGUACACACCUCCUAAGCAACCUCACUACGAACAAGACAAGACAUCUGAGUUUGUUAUCAAGCUCCUCCAAUUCCUAGUUCCCUUGCUAAUCUUGGGUUUGGCUGUUGGCAUUCACUUCUACACAAAAUCAGCUUAAGUAUCAAUACCGUGAGAAAUUUCAAGAAGGCAUUCACAAUAAGAUAGUAUUAGUUCUCAGCGUACCCCAUUUACUUAAAAUUGUAACCGUUCCCAUUGCUUUUGUUAAUGCCAGAUUGUUUUCCUGUCUCCUGGAUGUGCAUUGAUAAAAUAAUUACUUUCCG